AUGGAGUCGCCGAGCUUAUCGCCCCGUUGGCGCAUCGUCAGUCGCGCUGAGUCCCUCUUAUCGUCCCUCCGCCGUGUCGCCUCGAAUCUAACGUUCAGCUGGGUGAAUCCCCUCGUCGCACUUGGCUCUCGACGCCAGUUGUCGCCCGUAGAUUUGCUGCCUCUGCCUGCUGACGUGGAGCCACGUGUGUGCGGGCAGCUCCUUUGGACGAAAUGGGAGGAGGAACGAGCAGCAGGCGACGACAACGGCAUGCUUGCAUCACGCGGCGACGGUCAGACGAGUGGUGUGUGGGGAGAACCGUCUCAGUCGGACCGGGAUUACCAUAUAGACGGGCCGUCGUCGCGUGAACGGCGCAGGCGCAGCGCGCAGCGAGGAGCGCCGUCGCUGCUGCGAUGCAUGGUGGCCAUCUUCGGCGCGGAAUACCUCAUGAUCGGCGGGAUCAAGCUGGUGAACGACGCGCUGGCCUUCGCGGGGCCGCUGCUGCUGCACCAGCUCGUGUCCGUGCUCGACAACGGCUCACAUGCCCUCGCCCUGCACCCACCUUCUCCGGCCCCUGCCACCCUCGGGCCUGCCGCGCCCCCCACGCCGUGGUCGUAUGGCCUCGCUUGCGCUCUCGCCAUCGGCGCCACCUCUGCCCUGAGAGCCUUCCUAGGCGCGCACUACUCGUACCGCCUGGCGCGCAUGGGGCUCAAGCUGCGCGCUGCCAUCGCCACCUGCGUCUUCGCCAAGGUGCUGGCAGUGAGUGCGGCACAGAGGGGGUCAUUCGAGGGUGGAGAGGUGCAGACGCUCAUGAGUGUGGAUGCGGACAGGCUUGUCAACCUCGUCAUGUCGCUGCACGACCUCUGGGGUCUGCCUCUGCAGAUCCUUGUGGCGCUGCUGCUGCUCUACUGGCAGGUGAGCUACGCGUUUCUGGCUGGCCUGGCAGUUGUGCUGCUCCUCAUCCCAGUGAACCGGUGGCUGGCGGGGAGGAUAGGAGAAGCGAGCAAGCAGAUGAUGACCAGCAAGGAUGCCAGUCACCCUGCCACGUCACCCUGCCACGUCAUCAGGGUGCAGGCGAUGCAGGAGCUGUUGGACCAUGUGGCAGCAGUGCGCGCCAUGGCCAUGGAGGGCGCUCUGCUCUCCCGCAUCAAUGCCGCUCGACACCUCGAGCUCUCCGCCCUUGCUGUACGUGUGUUUGUGUAUCUGUGUAUGUGCGCAAGUACCUGGCUGGACGCGUGGCGUGUGUACUUCUGGGCGUGCACGCCUGGCUCGUUCGAGUUGACUCCAAGCAAUCCACCUGCUCUGCUCCCCCCAACCUGUUCCACCCCGCAGGUGCGCAAGUACCUGGACGCGUGGUGUGUGUACUUCUGGGCGUGCACGCCUGUGCUCUUCUCCCUCGCCACCUUCUCCUCGCUGCUGCUCCUCGGCCGCUCCCUCAACGCCCCCGUGGUAAGCCAUCAUGCCCUGCACUCGUCGCCCCCGUGGGAUGCCAUCAUGCCCUGCACUCGUCGCCCCCGUGAUAUGCCAUCCGCUCUCAACGCCCCCGUGGUGUUCACGAGUCUAGCACUCUUCAACGUGCUGCUGGGCCCGCUCAACUCCUUCCCCUGGGUCAUCAACGGCAUCGUCGAGGCGCUCAUCUCUGUGAAGCGCCUGGAGGCGUUUCUCUGCAUCCCCACACCACCCAUAGCCCGCCUCCCCUCUGCCUUCACCACCCCCUCUUCCACCUCAUCAUUCCCCACCGCCUCAUCCCCUCCCACUGCGCCACCUCCUACCACCGCACCUGCUGCCAGCAUCACCACCGGGCCUCACAGCAGCAGCAGCAGCGCCGGGCCUCACAGCAGCAGUCUGCUGGGGUCGCUCCUCCCCUUCCUCCUCCGCCACCCCCCCUCGCCGCUGCCCUGCCACGCUUCCCCCGCACUCUCGCCUCUCACAGCCCCCCUGCUGAGCCCCCCUUCUGGCGAGGCUGAUGGCGAGGCAGGGGGUGCAGCAGGGGGUGCAGCAGGGGGUGCAGCAGGGGGUGCAGCAGGGGGUGCAGCAGGGGGUGCAGCAGGGGGUGCAGCAGGGGGUGCCACGAGCAGCAGUGAGCGCCUUGCACUCUCCCUUCCUGCCACAGAUCCCACCUGUGCGGCCAGUCCGUCCCCGCCACUAGCAGUGCACAUGUGCGUGCUCAGCUUCUCCUGGCGUGCUCCCACCACCGCCACCACCAAUCGCAGUGUGCCGACUGGGGCCAGUGUGGAAGAGGAUGGUUCCGCUGCGCAGGAGCGUAAGGAAAGCAGGUCCACCAGUGGUGGCGACAGGGGGAACAGCAGUAGGAGCAGCAUUGCGCUGCACAGCAUAUGCCUGGACGUGCCAGAGGGGGCUGUGGUGGCCAUUGUGGGCAAGGUGACCCCUUCCUCACCUUGUGCUCUCUCAGCGUUCCGUGUUGUGGGCAGUGGCAAGUCGUCACUGCUCGCUGCAAUCCUAGGCGAGAUGCAACCUGUGCGUGCUCUCGCUUGCAGCUUGCGUGUUGCGUGCUCCAACCCACCACUGCCAUGCGCAUGUGCGUGCUGUGUCGAUGCGCCCGUCUCACGUGCCCCCUGCUUCUCUUCCCCUGCCCUGCGCACAGGAGCCGUGGGUGUUCGCAGGCAGCAUACGAGAGAACGUGCUGUUUGGCGCGCCAUGGGACCCCAUCAGGUGGGGCUGGGGACAGAGACUGCGAGGAAGGGCAGGGAGGGAAUGAAAUGGUGUGGUGCUGUGGUGAUUCACGAUGCUGCCUUGGCACAUUCCCUGUUUCUUCCUGACGGAUACUUCCACCUCCUCUCUCACCCUCAUCCUCUCAUGCCUGCUUGUCUGUCCCGGUACCGCCUGUCUGCCUCUUCUUUCUCCUGGCGUCAAUCACGUGAUUCGUAA